CCGCCCCGAGGUGAAGCAAAGCUCCCCGGCCCGCUAAUAGAGUCUCUGCUACAGUCCGGCUUUUGUGCGCUCGCCGCUGGUCACCCGGUUGGGCGUACCUUUACCUCUCUUUCGCCUAAUUCUUCGGUGUCUUUUUCAAGCCCCGACUCACCAGUUUCAUAGUUUUAUCUUCCUUGCUCUUUAACUCUCGCCUUCCUUCGCAGAUCAGCAUGCAGGAAGAAGACGCCUCCCCACGCGGUUUCCUACCUAGGUUCCAACAUUUCGCUACGCAGGCCAUCCAUGUGGGCCAGGAACCAGAGCAAUGGACUUCCCAGGCUGUAGUGCCCCCCAUCUCACUGUCCACCACGUUCAAGCAAGGGGCUCCUGGCCGGCACUUGGGUUUUGAGUACAGCCGUUCUGGAAAUCCCACCAGGAAUUGCUUGGAAAAAGCAGUGGCAGCACUGGAUGGGGCUAAGUAUAGUUUGGCCUUUGCUUCAGGAUUAGCAGCCACUGUGACUGUUACCCAUCUCUUAAAAGCAGGAGACCAAAUUAUUUGUAUGGAUGAUGUGUAUGGAGGUACAAACAGGUACUUCAGGCAGGUGGCAACUGAAUUUGGAUUAAAGAUUUCUUUUGUUGAUUGUUCAAAAACCAAAUUGUUAGAGGCAGCUAUUACUCCAGAAACCAAGCUUGUUUGGAUUGAAACUCCCACAAACCCUAUCUUGAAGAUGAUUGACAUUGAAGCCUGUGCACAUACUGUCCAUAAACAUGGAGACAUUAUUUUGGUCGUGGAUAACACUUUUAUGUCGGCAUAUUUCCAGCGGCCUUUGGCUCUGGGAGCUGAUAUUUGCAUGUAUUCAGCAACAAAAUAUAUGAAUGGCCACAGUGAUGUUGUGAUGGGCUUAGUGUCACUUAAUUCUGAGAGGCUUCAUAAUAGGCUCCGUUUCUUGCAAAAUUCUCUUGGAGCAGUUCCAUCUCCUGUUGACUGUUACCUCUGCAAUCGAGGUCUGAAGACCCUACAAAUCCGCAUGGAGAAGCAUUUCGAAAAUGGAAUGGCAGUUGCUCAGUUUUUGGAGUCGAAUCCUCGGGUAGAAAAGGUUAUUUAUCCUGGGCUGCCCUCUCAUCCUCAGCAUGAGCUGGCAAAGCGUCAAUGCACAGGUUGCCCAGGGAUGAUCACCUUUUAUAUCAAGGGCUCCCUUCAACAUGCUGAGACUUUCCUCAAGAACCUAAAGUUAUUUACGCUGGCUGAGAGCUUAGGAGGAUAUGAAAGUCUUGCUGAGCUUCCGGCAAUCAUGACCCAUGCUUCAGUGCCUAAUAGCGACAGAGAAGUCCUUGGAAUUAGUGACACACUGAUUCGACUCUCUGUGGGCUUAGAGGAUAAACAAGACCUACUGGAUGAUCUAGAUCAAGCUUUGAAGGCAGCACACCCUCCAAAUGCAAGUCACAACUAGCAUUCCAGAACUGCUAUUAGAGGUUGCUUCCUGUGAAGAUCAAAACUUCUGAAUAAUUGAAUGGACCAUUAAUGAGCCUUCGCAGAAUUUUCAAGUGAAAAUUUUAAGGCACCUUAUUACCUUUCACAACUGUAAUCUUCCUGGGAUCAUUCCUGUUAAAAAGUUUCCUCUUUCCCGUAUUGUAAUUGACAAGUCAAUUCUGUUAAGAUCUUUUUGUUAAUUUGGAUAUACAUUUGCCUCUGAAGGAGGUGAGAUUUGUGCUGCUAUUGGGGAUUGUGUUCUUUUUUUCAAGCUUAAGAUUUAUGUUGAUCAUGUUUACAAUAUAAUGGUAUUUCAUUUUUGAUGCUUUCUGAGGAAUUUAAAUUUUUGAAUGAAUGUUCUUAAAUCAAGGGUGAUUUUGUAUAUUGGUGAAAAUAGCACUCAAAGCAAUGGUUUACACUUAAUACCAUAAGCCAAAAAUCAAAUAUCUGAAACGUCUGUGAAAUUCUACUGAUUUAAGGUUGUACUUACUAUUUUUUUAAAAAAUAAAUCUAAUUAUCAAGUGUA